GAUUGCCCUACAUCAUGGCGGCUCGUAGCGUGGGGCUGCUGACCCGUUUACCCCUGUGCUCUCAGAGACCGGCCCAAGUCCCGCGACCGGCUUUCAGGCUCCUUAGUUGUCCAGGGACUGUGGCGGCGGACGUCAGGAGUGAAGAGCAGCCUCCCGACUGCCGGAAGGCGGGCUCUGAAGACAAGGCUCCCAAAAAGAGAUUCUCUGAGGUGCAAAAAGAAAGAAGAGAGCAGGCCCAGAGGACUGUCCUAAUACAUUGUCCCAGUAAAAUCAGUGAGAAAAAGUUUCUCAAGUAUUUAUCCCAACAUGGACCAAUUAAUAAUCAUUUCUUCUAUGAGAGCUUUGGUCUCUAUGCUGUUGUAGAAUUUUGCCAGAAAGACAGUAUAAACUCAUUGAAGAAUGAAACUCAUACUCCAUGCCUGGACACAGAGGCUGUGAUUCCAUUCAAGUCACGUUUCUUCAACUUAAAGCUGAAGCAUCAGUCAAACCGGAUUUCUGAACCGUUAUGUACACAGUCCAGCAGCCAGUCUCCCCCUUCAAGCAAGAAGCUUUUUGAAUUACUGAAUUAUGCAGAAAGCAUGGAUGAUCAACUGAACACUCUCCUGAAGGCGUUCCAGCUGACAGAGGAGAAUAUCAAACUCCGAUAUCUCACCUGCUCUCUCAUUGAGGACAUAGCGGCCGCAUACUUUCCCAGCUGUGUCGUCUGGCCUUUUGGCUCCUCAGUGAACAGUUUUGGGAAAUUAGGAUGUGAUUUGGACAUGUUUUUGGAUCUAGAUGAAAUUGAAAAAUGUGAUGUUCAUAAGAAUGUAGGGAAUUUUUUGAUGGAAUUUCAAGUGAAAAAUGUUCCUUCAGGAAGGAUUGCAACUCAGAAGAUCCUGUCUGUGAUUGGAGAGUGCCUUGACCACUUUGGCCCUGGUUGCGUGGGUGUUCAGAAAAUUCUCAAUGCUCGGUGUCCACUUGUCAGAUUCUCUCACCAGGCCUCAGGAUUUCAGUGUGAUUUGACUACUAACAAUAGAAUUGCUUUGAAAAGUUCUGAACUCCUUUAUAUAUAUGGUUCCUUGGAUUCGAGAGUAAGAGCCUUGGUGUUCAGCUUGCGGUUUUGGGCCCGAGCACACUCACUAACAAGCAGUAUUCCUGGAGCUUGGAUCACUAACUUCUCCCUGACAGUGAUGGUCAUCUUUUUCCUCCAAAGAAGGUCACCUCCUAUUCUUCCAACUCUGGAUUCCUUGAAGUCCCUAGCAGAUGCCGAAGAUAGAUGUGUAAUAGAAGGAAGCAAUUGUACAUUUAUCCAGGACUUGAAUAAAAUUAAACCCUCAGGAAACACGGAAACAUUAGAAUUACUACUGAAGGAAUUUUUUGAGUAUUUUGGCAAUUUCUCUUUCAAUAAAAAUUCCAUAAACAUUCGACAGGGAAAGGAGCAGAAUAAGCCUGAUUCCUCUCCUCUGCACAUCCAGAAUCCUUUUGAACCUUCUCUCAACAUAAGCAAAAAUGUCAGUCAGAGCCAGCUACAAAAAUUGGUGGAUUUGGCUAGAGAAAGUGCCUGGAUUUUGCAACAGGAAGAUAGACAUCAGCCUUCUCCUUCCAGUAAAAGGCCCUGGGGGCUGACCACCCUCCUGAUACCUACAGCAGGCAGCAAGUUUCUCCCCAAGAAGAAAAGGAAAAAGCCCGUGAGUGAAAGAGUCAAAAGCUUAUUAGAGUCCAUAAAAGAUAACAGUCCAGAGAGUUCCACGAAUACUGAUGGGAAAACAGCGAUGUCAUGAUGGCAGACGUUUUGUGCCAAGAACAUGUUUUGGACUACCUGGAAAAACUGCUGAGAAGCUUUGACAGCCUUUAACUUUCAUCUGGUAUUACUUGUCACAAUCUCUUCACCCUUUCAUUUGAUCUGAAGUUCUGGAUGUUACUUUCUGACCAGGUUGAAUUUUAUAAAAACAUCAGCCACAAAAAAAUGGGCAAAAAGAUCAGAACAUAUUUUAAACUCUGAAGUGCAUAGAAAAAAAAAAAAAAAUUCCACAAGCAAACCAGUUGGUAUCUGUGUCAGUACCUAGUUGAAAAACAUUUCAGAAUUCUAGUUAUCUAUAUAAAUAGACAAUGAGCAUAAUAAAGCUCCAAGAUUUGGUAAUCCUCUUCAAUAGUAUUCCAUUUUUCAGCUAAAGUGCUCUAUUAUGCUUUCUGUUAUCUGAUUAGUAUAUAAAGGAACGGGUUUUGACGUGGACUCCUCCUGCAGACUUUGUUUUUGUUGCUCCAUUUCUAAUGCCUCUUCCCAUCCAGACCCUAACCCUACCCCCAUACUCCCUCCCCUGGUCUACUUGCUCCCAGUUUGCUCCUCCUAUUUUCUUGUAUUCUUCUCUGUUUUUCCCUCUCUAGCCCACCUAUAAGAUCCAUCCAUGAUCCCCUUUCUAGAUUCAUGAUCUUAACACCCCCCCAACACCCUAUAAAUUUUAAAAGUGAAGCCUGGGGUCCAUAUGGGAUAGUAGAUGUCUUUCUGGUCUGGGAUACUUCAUCAACCAGAGUAUUACAAUUACAGCAGGUUGGUUUGAUAACCAAAAAUGUGUCUCUAAAACAUGAAAAUGUAGACACUUCAGUUACUCCAUUUGGAGUUGUUCGAAGAUAUAAAAAUAAUAUUUGGGUUUUGUUUUCAAAAAUAAAACUUUUUACUAAAACAUGA